UUUCUCUCUAUGUAUUUGAUGUUCUAGAUCUUGUUCUUCGCAGGAAAAUUUGAUGAGUGUUGUUCUACUUCGCCUCUUCACCUGAGUUCUUCUUUUUCUCUACUUCUACACUCACAGAGCAUAUCAAUGGCGUUUUUUUAGGCCGGCGUUCUCUUUUUGCGUUUUGCAGCGUCGUCGUCUGAAGCUUCAGGUUGGAAUCGUCCAGUGAAACUUACUUCGAAAUAUAUCUUCUGCUUGCAACGACGAAGUCCACAUACCGUGCGACCAUGACGGAAGUGCAUCGAUCUGAUGCGCCCAAAAACUGGUCCGUAUGCUCUUCGAGUUUUCGAAGUUGUCGCGCAUUUUCGUCUUCGUCAAGCUCAAGAACGAUGACAGGUGUCAAGAACUUCGUGCAGGCUGCGAGUGCGUGGACGAGAAAUCUUUACUCGUGUGAGAUCAACCCUCGCCCACAUGUCCGCCGACAUGAAGGGCCGCCACCUCGAAGUCCUUGUGACAAAGCUCUGCUCACAAAAACGUCGACUACCCUGGCAGCAGUUGUGGCCUUCUUCACAAGUCGUUUCUUGAGUCCCUUUAUUUUGACCUUUUUGCCUCUGGUACAACUAGUACAGCAAGCCACCACACCAGCGGCGGCGAUCACCUACGCGGGAAAGCCGCACCAGCCGUACCCACACUGUUUGGAAAAGGACGUGGUGAUUCGAAAUGCCGGCCGAGCGCUGUUCCUCAACAUGGGUGCGUUUGGGGCGAUUGAGGGCUGUUACAACGACGACUGCACGAUGACGGACAAGUUUGCGGCACCGGAUUUCGAGACCUGUAUCAAUAUGUGCUACACAAUUCCGGAGUGUACCUGGUGGUCGUUCGGGACGGAAAAGUCGGAUAACAUGACAAAGUGCUGUAGGGGAAUGUCAGGUUUGAAAUCGUCAAAGUUGAAAUGAUUUGCAAUGCUGCAUGAAAUCUUCGAUACCAGGCCGGAGUCAGAUUCCUAAGCGGCGCUGGACGACAAAUUUUGGCAGGGACUAGAUCCAGUCCUCUGUCAUGCUGUUUGGCGGGCAAUGGGGCUUCACUUCUCUUGUCGUGCCACUAAAGCAGCUGCAUCUUCAACCCCAACAGGCUAGGCAUACAAUCAAAUCGCCCUCAGUUGUUGCAUGCUCUCCAAUACAGGUAGACUGUGCGGCGCUGCAUCUUAUUCUAUUCAUCAUUUACUGGUGGCGCUUACGUAUCUAUCUUCAUAUAUAUAAGUGGUAGUACAUUUUAUGCAUUGGCGGGCGUUUUCUGUGGCGUUUCCGUUUGGGUAUUCUUUGGUGCACUUUAUGCAUUCCAAAUCUUGUCAACUUUGUCGAUUUCGAUUUUGUCGCCUCCAUAUUUUGGAUACGCGUGGCGGACGACGGACGGGAGGAGCUCGGUGAAGGGUCGGGCUUCGUUUCCGGGGCGAAAGUAGAUUUUGGCUUUUCAUCGUUUUUUUUUCACCAGCGCUGCUGCAAAAAAUACUUAAGCAAAAACAUAUUACACUAUCGCAAACCAUUUCUAUUCAAUCUAUGAUUGCGUCGAUUUGUUCUCGUUCUGGUUCUCACGACCAGGUCUGCCUCCCGGAGACGGUGAAAGAAUACCCGAUGGGUAAUGCAGGAUGCUGGAUCGACGGGUUUGACUACGACAUGUGUUGUGACCCAAAAUUCGGCUCCGCGGGCAACACGCAGUGCUGGGACGGUCACUUUUCGCACGAGCGCUGCUGCGUUUCCCCAGAGCAGAUAAGGAGGUGA